UAACGAAUUGACGCUCCUUAUCACCAAUACGUAACGCCACUGCUUUCAAUUCAGAGAAUAAGUGGCUAAAUGGAAACAAUUGCUCCUUGGCCUUUAAUUUGAAGGAAGAAGAACAUUAUUUGUAAAUAUAACCUAACUAUUUUUCAAUCAAAUUAAGUGGAAACGCCGAGUUUAUUAUUAAGUGAAAAUAUAAAACAAUUACUGUUUUCAUUGUGUUAUGUCUAACAUUAAAAGACUGUCUCUGGCAAGCUUUUGAAAACCAACAAGAGAGGUAUGGAAGAUUUCGAAUGGAAUGUAUCAAACGAAAUACACUUACUAGAAGCAAUGGUCGGACAUAAACCAGUUGGAAUAAAUAAACACUUUCAAAUGGCAGUUAUCUGGGAGAAAUUAACAACAAAUCUAAACAGAGAUAUACCUAGUGAAAAAAUUUGGUCUCAUUUGGAUGUUCUUUACAAUUUAGAAGCAUUGGAUGACAUGGAGAUAGUUCCUUUUCCUAAUAAUGAAGUAGAUUUUUAUUUACCUGAUGCAGAAUAUGGAGUUUUAAAGGCAAAAAAAGAAGAAAAAUCAGAGGAAAGAAAAAGUCUACAGAAAGGUAGAGAAACUCCAAAAAUGAUAAAGGAAACUAAAAGGGAUGACAAAACAGGUGGAAAGGUGUUCAAAGAAGCUCAAAGAAGGGACAGCAGAGAUAGCGGAAAGGAUUUCAAAACUGCUUUUUCUGGAAAAAAAGAAAUUAAAAAAGAUGUAGAUAAAUCAAAAUCAGUUAAAAGUAGAUCUUCUCUUAGUACACAUUCAAGAGAUGAAGGUAAAAGCUAUAAAAGUAAAGCUGAUGAUACUCCAAGAACAGCUAAACGUCCAACUAGGGGAAGCCUUAAACCUGAUGAUUCUGGUAGUAGUGGAAAGGCCAGUCCUAUCAAUACAACACCUGGAGGGACUAAAAGACGUCGAACUUGAUACUUUACUGACUGAGUGACUAUUAUUAAACACUUCCUUUAUAUUUUUAUUAAUGAUACAGACUGUUUAAUACAAAUGAUAUUUAGGUUUUUAAGACAAACGAAUACAGUUAGUUAUAUAACUUGCAUUGGUAUAUUUUGACUAAUGAACCAUAUAUAGAGUAAUUUUGUAAUAAAUAUUUGUUUAGGAUUUAUACUAAUAGUUUAAUUAGUGGAUACUUCUUGUA